UAAUAAUCAAUGAACGGAAGUCCAAGAAAAGGAUUUUGUAACAUACUUUACACCGUGAUCAUACAAGAGGAUAUGAGGAUGAGGGAGAUUAAUAAAGCAAGGAUUGCUAAUAUUUUAGCUAAUGUUCAGAAAAACUCACUAAAACCUGCAGCCAAUAUUAACGGAGACCAAGCAGAAACUAUUAACUCUGCAAAUAAAAAUAUCAAAACUAAUCCCCUAAGUUCUGGAGUUUCUUCUCUUGCGACCUUAUUGCAGAGGUUUUGAGAAUGUAAACCUCCUCAGCCACAAGUCAAGCCAAAGAGCUUGAUAACUUUGAAUGAUAUCUCUUGAAAGAAGGAGAAGUCCCAGGAGAAGCAAACCGAGAAACAAGAAGAGCAAAAAGAUGAAGAAAAGCUGCUAGUUCAAAGCAAAUUCCAAAGUGAAUUUGACGGCAUAGAAGAUCAUGACUCUCUCAAAGGGUUUGACCAAGACUCAUUUGCAUGUGCUGAAGACCAAAAAGAAGAAGAGAAGUUCAGGAGUAGCUCUAAGGAGGAGGAAUUUAAGGUUUACCCAAAGAACCCUAUGACUGACUCUAAAGAUGAUCAGUCGGACACUCUCCCUCCGAAAUCUUACAGUGUAAAGAAAGCCAACGUAGGAGAGCUAAACAAGUACGAUUUUGAGAUCUCUUAUUCCAAAUAAUGAGAAGACUGGGAGAACUCUCAGAUACUAUAUCUGCAAGUAUGAUGAAUGAAGGCGUAAAUUUAACAAGACUUGGAACUUUAUUGAUCACGCUAGGAUACACACAGGAGAGAAGCCUUACAAAUGUGAGCUGUGUGGCAAAGAGUUUGCUCAGAAGGGGAACUAUAACAAGCACAGGAAUACCCACCAGCAUAGUGCCAAGAAGACCUCAGUAAUGAAGGCUCAACCUCCACAAAGCAAGGAUAAGAGCUUUGAGGAAUAAUUU